AUGGUCGUUAAUUUUUAUGCUCAGGUAUUUGGUAAACGAAGGAAAUGUUCAAGUAAUUCAUUAUCUGAAGGAGCAAUUGUGGCAAGUGUUUUAAAAAAUUAUACAAAAAUGUUACCAGAUCAAGAAGAUGCCGUCAAUGUUCAUAUUGAAAUGCAUUUACAAGAUGUAUCAUCAUUAAACGAAAUAACUGCUGAUUUUGACAUCGAUAUACUUUUUACGCAGCUAUGGCGAGAUGCAGCACUUAGUUUUGAGAACUAUAAAGCGUGCAAGAAAAAUAUUACAAUGGAAACAAAGCAUCUCAAAGACAUCUGGACUCCAAAUAUAUGUAUUAUGAACUCAAAAAAAACGGCAAUACACACUUCGCCUACUGAAAACAUAAUGUUUAUCCUCUAUGAAAAUGGUACUGUUUGGACAAACCACAGGAUGUCUGUCAAAGCACCUUGUGACUUAGACCUCAGAACAUUUCCUUUUGAUGUUCAAACUACCUUAGUUUUGGAAUCUUACUCUCACAGCAGUGACGAAGUGCAGUUGAAAUGGAUGGAAAAAGCUGUUACUUUGACAAAAAAUAUUCAGCUACCUGACUUUGAUUUGGUAUCUUUUAAUGCAUAUCAUGAAAAAAUGCUCUAUCCAAACGGACCUUGGGAUCAACUGCGGGUAACCUUCAAAUUUAAACGACGUUAUGGGUUUUACAUAUUACAAGCCUAUGUACCUACCUAUUUAACAAUAAUAGUUAGUUGGGUUGGUUUUUGUAUGGAGCCCAAAGCGCUUCCAGCACGGACAACGCUAGGAGUCUCCUCUUUGCUAGCCUUAACCUUCCAAUUCGGAAACAUCCUUAAGAACUUGCCACGAGUUUCCUACGUGAAAGCAGUUGAUAUAUGGAUGCUUGGUUGCAUAUCUUUCGUUUUCGGAACGAUGGUAGAAUUAGCUUUUAUUUGUUACCUUUGUCGAUGUCAAGAGGUAAUUCAAAAAAAAGGAGCGAAGGCAGAAAAAGCUAGGAAACUGCAGUAUAACAGCUACAAGCUUCAGCAACAAAGCGUGGUUCCAAACGGAAUAAGUUGA